UCUAACUUAGAUUUUUUAAACUGAUAAAGAAAUACUUAGAUAAUAAACUAAUAAAAAAAUAAAAAUAAUCUUUCUGUCAAAGUCUGAAAGUUUGCAACGUAUCUUAUAAGACCUCCAAAGAGAAGAGGACCCGCAGUUGUUCAGCAAAAAUGACUGCGAAUCACUUCUUUUAUUUUUUAUUUCUGGUUACGUAUGCUCAAGCCAAAAAUAAUGGAUCCUUCCCCAAAGACUUUUUAUUUGGUGUAGCUACAUCGGCGUACCAAAUUGAAGGUGCAUGGGAUGAAGAUGGGAAAGGAGAAAAUAUCUGGGACCAUAUGGUCCACCAAGUUCCUUCUCCAAUCAAGAACAAUGACACAGGAGAUAUAGCAUGCGACUCCUAUCACAAAUAUAAAGAAGAUGUAGAUAUUUUGGAAGACUUGGGAGUAAAUUUCUACAGAUUCUCAAUUUCUUGGUCGAGAAUACUUCCAACUGGCUAUCCCUCCACGGUGAAUAAAGCCGGACUUGAAUAUUAUAAGAACCUUACGAAGGAAUUGGUAAGCCGCAACAUUACCCCAGUUGCAACAAUUUUCCACUGGGAUCUUCCCCAACCCCUUUCUGAGAUAGAUGGAUGGUCAAAUCCUAGACUAGCUGAUCUUUUUGUAGAGUACUCCAGAAUAGUCAUUCAAGGACUUCCGGAUGUAGGAGUAUGGAUAACUUUUAAUGAACCGAAACAAAUUUGUCAUUAUGGAUACGGUGUUGGUACUGUUGCACCAGCCAUACACAGUUCAGGACUACGAGAAUAUUGGUGUGCAUAUACUGUGCUGAAUGCCCAUGCAAAGACGUAUCAUAUGUAUAAGUCCCUAAACCUUAAAGCCCCUAUGGGUAUUACUAUAGACUGUGAGUGGUACGAACCCCUGACUGAUUCGGUCCAAGACAAACAAGCAGCCAAACGGAACCUAAACUUUGAGUGCGGACUCUAUGCUCACCCACUCUUUAUAGGAGAUUGGCCUGAGGAUGUAAAGAUGCGUAUAUACGAAAGAAGCAUGGCAGAAAAUUAUAACACGAGCAGAUUGCCCGAACUCACUCUAGCUCAAAUCAGCUAUAUCUACGGGACAACUGACUUCUUCGGCUUAAAUUAUUAUGUUACCUUUACGGUAGCGGAUGGCAAAGAAGGUCCCACAAAUGUUACCAGCUACGAUAAUGAUGUAAGGAUCGUCUUGGGUAAUGUUUCAAAUGCUGAUAUUGACGUUACGGGUUUUCCGAUAGUACCUUUGGGCCUCACAAAAGUUUUAAAUCAUAUUAAGACUGAAUACAAUGUUCCUAAAAUUCUUAUAACUGAAAUUGGUAUUUCUGAUAACGGAACCUUAGAAGAUGAAUCAAGAAUUAAAACACUUAAAAACUAUUUUAGCGCUAUCCUUGAUGCUGUAUACGACCAUGACGUGAAUGUAAUCGGAGUAACAAUUUGGAGUUUAAUGGAUAAUCUUGAAUGGCUAAAGGGAUAUUCGGCCCAUUUUGGAUUAUAUUCCGUAGAUUUUACAGACGAUAACAGAACGAGAACAGCCAAAGCUUCUGCAGAGUACUAUAAAAAUGUCAUCAAGACAAAGAGUAUAGAGGAUAAUUCUCAUAGUGAUGGAGGACAAAGCAUCACCAAGGUUAACGGAUAUGUGGUUGGCUUUAUAAUAGUAUCAUUUUAUUUCUUUAAAUUAUGGUAAAUUUCCAAGAGACAAUAUUUAUUUUAUUUGGUAUUAAGAUAAUUUUUAUAGAACCAUCACUUUGUAAAUAGGAAUUUUAUAUUCAAAUAACAAAAAGAUCAACAUGAA